AUAACAUUAUCGCAACAUUUUCAUGUACCUAAUCAUUGCCAGGCACGGCAAGUAAAAAUGGCCAACCACAUCACAAAACCAAAGAAAGCCAAGUCGAAGCGGACACCCGUUCGUCUACGGCAUAAGAUCGAAAAGGCUUCCGCCUCGAAGCAGCGCAAAGCCAGAAAGGAUGCGAAGAAGAACCCACAAUGGAAGUCCAAGUUAAAGAAGGACCCGGGUAUCCCGAACUUGUUCCCUUAUAAAGAGAAGAUUCUCCAUGAGAUCGAGGAAGGCCGACGAAGGAAACAGGAGGAACAACAGCGACGGAGAGAGUUGGCCAAGGCCGCAAAGACUGGUGCCACGGAUGAUGCCGAGAAUGAGGAGACAAUUAUGGAAGGUGCAGAAGAGGAUGGUUUCGAUGGUUCCGAUGAAGAAUUAAUGGAUGAGGAUGGUGCGGAUGACGAUUCAAACCCUAUGGCUGCGCUCCUUGCGAGCGCGAGAGCAGCUGCCGAGAAGUACGACCGCGAACUACAAAGCGGAGACGAAAUGGAUGAAGACGAGUCGUCAGAUGACGAAGCCGACUACGGAGACGGAACUACUGAGUUACGGACUCAGGGCUCGUCGCGGAAGGCCCACGAUAAGGUCUUCAAGCAAGUCGUCGACCAAGCCGACGUAGUACUCUACGUCCUAGACGCCAGAGAUCCCGAAGGAACGCGAUCUAGGGAAGUCGAGCGCAUGGUGAUGGCCGCAGCAAGCGGCGGAAAGCGAUUGAUGCUUGUCCUCAACAAGAUCGACUUGAUCCCGCCACACGUUCUUAAGGACUGGCUCGCACACCUACGACGAUACUUCCCAACCCUCCCCCUCCGCGCCUCCGGCUCCGCCCCCAACGCGCAAACCUUCAACCACCGCGAUCUCACCGUCCAGAGCACCUCAUCCACCCUCUUCAAAUCCCUAAAAUCCUUCGCCGCAUCCAAGCAGCUUAAGCGCGCCAUCUCAGUCGGCGUCAUCGGCUACCCCAACGUCGGAAAGUCUUCCGUUAUCAACGCCCUGCUCUCCCGCAUGGGCCGAACCACAGCCGCCUGUCCCGCGGGCGCAGAAGCGGGCGUCACAACGAGCAUCCGCGCCGUCAAGAUCGACAGCAAACUAACCCUGCUCGACUCCCCUGGAAUCGUAUUCCCCUCCGCACCAGAAGGCGAAUCCUCCUCCUCAAAGAAAAACGCCGUAGAAACACACGCACACCUCGUUCUCCUCAACGCCAUCCCUCCGAAACAAAUCGACGACCCCAUCCCCGCCGUCGCCCUGCUGCUUAAGCGGCUCUCGGCGUCGUCGGAGCUCCUGCAGAAACUGAUGGACGUGUACGAUCUCCCGCCCCUGAUAAGCUCUAACGGCGACGAAACGACGGAUUUCCUGGUCCAGGUCGCGCGGAAGAGGGGCAGGCUUGGGAAAGGCGGGGUUCCGAAUCUGGGGUCCGCGGCGAUGACCGUGGUGACGGAUUGGAGGGAUGGCAGGAUUCAGGGGUGGGUUGAUGCGCCGGUUUUGCCGGUCGCGGUGGAGAUGAGUGGUGCUGGUAAGGAUGGGGGUAAGGAUGAGGGUGUGUUGGUGGAUCAGAAGGUGAUUGUGACGGAGUGGGCUAAGGAGUUUAGGAUUGAGGGGUUGUGGGGGGAUGAUGAGGGUAAGGGAGAUGUGGUUAAGGGGGAUGUGGUGAUGGAGUGAUAUGCGUCUGUGAAGAUUAGAGACUCUGGUGGUGAUGGUGAUGGUGAUAGUGAGGUCUUCUGAGUGGCUUUAUGGCUUUGGGAGUUAUGGGUUCAGGAAAAUAAAUAGGUGACGUUGCUUCAUCUCUGAUUUUACUUAGAGGUGGUUAGAUGAAUAUACCACGUUGACAGAGAAGGUUAUUGAAUGCUAAGUUGUGUGAUUUGAUAUAUCUAGGGAGGUAGUAGGUGAAAGGGUUGGUGUUUGGAUGUUAUGGAUUGUUAAUGUGGUGUUGAAUCGUCGUGC